GUAUAUAAACAAACUAUAGUUUACCCUGCUAAACAUUACAGCCUGAAACAGAGAGAGUUUGAGAAGAUAGCCACGCAUAGAAGCAACUUAGGUAAAGAGGAUUCGUGAGUGGGAGGUAGCAGGGCCUGAUGAUGCAGAAGGCUGUUGCCCACGAGAAGCAGGAUGAAGGUAUGACCAGCAGCUCUGACACCUCUAUAUGGUCCAGUCCCUCCGGAUCAUACAGUAGCUCUGAUGAUCCACAAUACACCUCUGUGUGUGAAGACAAAGCAGAUGCCAUCCCAUCAUUUCAGUGGCAAGGAUCAAAGCGGUCUAGAAGACUUGUAUUUGGUAAUAAAGCUCAUGGGGGCAGCAUGCAAAAGACAAACCCUACUACAAACUGCUAUAUGGUUAGCUUGCCUCCAAUCAGGUCCCUGGAGACUCCAAAGCCAAGCCUGAAGCGCAUCAGGGAGCUUGAGAACAAGGUGUGGAGUCUGCAGCAGCAGCUGUGUGAGUCCAGGGCGGAGAACAAACUCCUGAAGAACGUGCAACAUCGCCACAUGGUGGCACUGCAGCACUUCCAAGACUCAGAGAACAGUAUUGCACAGAUUGAAACCAAGCACAAAAACGAGGCCAGAGCUCUUCAGCAUUUGCUCCGUGAGACCCGCACCUGCCGUGACAACCUAGCAAGGCAGCUGAGGAGCACAGAAGACAAAAUGUUGCACACAAGGGAAGCUCUCCAGCACCUGCAGCUGCUCAGCCAGGAUCACAACCUGCUGGAGCGGGAGGAGCUCACCCUGAGGCUGGCCAAAGCCUCUGCUGAGCUGGAGGAGAAGGACAAGAAGAUACUGGACAUGGAGAAGAAUUUUGAGUUGUGCCAAGCUUCAUUCAAGCGGCAAAUAGUCACAGAGCAAAGAAAGAUGAAAGAGGCGAGAAAAAUAUCCAUCCACCUGCAACAGCAAGUAUAUCAGCUCACCAGAGAACUAGCGUACAGAGAGCGGGAAAUGGGAAAACGUAACAUUUACUCCCACCGAUUCCAGAACGGGUCGAGCAAUAGAGGCAGGGAAAACAAGAUGGUUCAAACAGAUGGAUUAGGCCUGCUCCCCAUUGGCCCUGCAAGUCUUUUGGAGAAUGAAUAUUCAGAGCAUGUUCAGAGACUGGAGCAGCAGGAGAGCUCUGUGAACUGGGGUCGUUACGGUCCAGCGCAGAAGUUUUCAGUUAUAAAACGUCUAGAGAGAAAGGGUCCUGCUCAUUUGUCUUUAAAAGAGAAUCACCAAGACAAUGCAAAGAUAUCUGCAAAUUGCAGUGACAUCAGGAGUUCAGACAACAGUCCAGAGCCUCUAAAUGAAGAAGAUUGUAUCAAAGAAAAGGAGGAACCAGAACCCACACGGGCGCUCAAUGGACCUGAAUCCAUAGUAAAACAUCAGUUUUCAGACAUCUGUUCAGAUGAGAGCCCAGAAAAUGAAAAUAACGGAGAAGCCCCUCAGGUGCAGGAAGAGACGCGACAAAAACAGCACGAAAGCACAAUGGCCUUUACUUUAGAGAGGUGUCUGAAUCGAGCAGCACCGAAGAGAAAAGAAAGCAGAUUCCCCAGAAUCAGAAGCAGCUACACCUUCAAACAGACCACAGAGAACCUGCACUGUGGAAGACCAGCAUACAGCACUGAGGACUUGAGCCCACAGGAAAGCUCUGAGGUGGAGAUCCUCAGUAGAAUUCCUGAGCUUCAUCUACCAGAUGAGAAAACUGAUGGAGGUGGAGCACACAGCUCUUAGACUGAAUAAAGUGCAAUUGAAAGGAAA